AUGCGAGGACUCAAGAACCUAAUACUAGAGUAUGAUGCACUUGAUAAAGUAGGGAAGCGAGUUCGCGCAGAAACAGAAAUAUCCAAAUUAAAGAAAGUUUUUUCAAAAGAUAACAUUCGGAAAUAUAUAAAGAAGAAGAGUAUCGCUAAAAUAUGUUUCCUUGUAUUAACAGGUUAUGAAAUUCGAUUUGGGUUCAAGCAAACACUGGAAUUAGUUGAAGAAAAAUCUUAUGAGUGUCGACGCAUCGCGUGGAUGAUGAUUGUUAUCUAUUUAAACACAUAUCCAGAAUGCAAAUUGGAUUUUGUUCCGAAUCUAAAGAAGAAUUUACUAAAUAAUACCUUCCCGGAAUCGGCCAAUUUAGCAUUACUUGCAAUUGCAUCAAUUUGCACUCCACAGCUUGUCAAUUCCAUGGCUUCAACUAUAGUUGAUAUUGCCUUUCAAACAAUUCUCGAUGAUUCUACUAGAAAAAUUGCACUUUUAACAUUAAGCUGCAUGUAUCAAACAUCUCAACAGUUAUACAUCAUUGAACAUGCCGGCCCUAGAAUUGCUCCACUCAUGAAAUCGAGAUCUGUUGGUGUUGCCCUUUCUAGUUCUGUUUUAGCAUUAACGAUCGUAAAAUUGAACGAUUCAAGUAUUACAGAUAAUAUACAGACUGCUGCAUUAGAAGCAAUAGUAUCCAUACUUCUCAACAACGAGUUCAAAAAAGAAUACGAUUACAAAGGAUUUCCUUCUCCUUUUUUACUUUCGAAUUUAUUCAGAAUUUUAUCAUAUAGAAGGAUUUACGAAGAUGCAGAGAUAGAAAAGAUGGAUGCAAUUGUCAACAAACUACUUGAUUUAUUCUCUGCCAGCUUCCAUCAGAACAAAUUCAACAGUUUAUUGAUGAUUUUUAAUGAUGCGUUCAAAGUAUUCGUCAAAAUCCCAGAUUUAAAGCUUGAACCAUACAAAAGGAUAAUCACUACGCUAGGAUUACAUCUAACAUCCUAUUCUUUUUGUUUAGAAUGUUUGUUUUUCCUUGUCGAAACACAUCCUUGUUUUGUAACUUAUUUUUCAGACUUUAUAACAUCAUUAAUCAAGAUAUCCAAAGAAGGAUAUCAUCCUCUUGAUAGUAACGCCUUGAAUUUACUAUUUUUGGUUACAACAAGAGAAAAUUACCAAAAAGUAUCAGCAGAAAUGAUACCUUAUAUUCAAACGUGCCCAGAAUCAAUCAGAGAAUCUAUCUGCAAGAAGAUAGCCACAAUAAUUCAAAGCUUUUCUUCAGAUAAGAAAUACGCCAGAGAAAAUUUACUCAAAAUUGUUGAAUAUGGUGGCCAAUACAGCGAAUGCAUAUGGGGCAUGGUAGCUCAAGCACUUUUAGAUGAUAAAGAAAACUACAAAUCCGUUGUCGAAGAAUUAAUAAAAUUAUCCAAGUUCAAUCCUCGAGUUCCAGGCCCAAUGACCAAAAUUUUAUCCCAUAUACUAGGUAUUUCCUGCCCAAUAUCACCAUCAGAUGCCGUAAAUAGCCUUGCUCAUAAUUUUGUAUUCCACAGACCUUCAACACAGUCUUCCAUUGUAUCCUCCCUUACUAAGAUCACGAUGCAGUAUCCUUCUGUUAGGACUGCUGUCAUUGGAUACCUCAAUGGAUGGCUAAACACGAGCUAUACAACAGUUUUACAAAGAAUCAAAGAAAGUUUAGCGGUUUUGACAUUGAAUAAUGUCCCGCAGCUUAAACUUUCAGCGCCAAGCCAUUACGUUGAUACAACUAUCAACUUUAGGAAGGAUCUUCCCAAAGCGGAGAAUAUUGUUUUCGAUGACCAAGGAAUCGAAAUUUGCGCCGAUACAAAAAUUGAUGUCAAUAAUUCAACAGCUGUUUCAAAUCUUGUUGUGAAGAACAGGUUGCCAAAAGAUUUGAAGAUCAAGAAAUGUGAUUCUAUAUGUGAUAAACAUAUAACAGCUGAAGGCGCAAUAUCCAAGAAUGAUAAUGUUGUUAGAAGUGGAUCAUUUUUAGUUGUGAGAAUUAAUUUCCACAUAAAAGGUCCAUUUUCCACAAAUCCGCAGAUGGAAAUGCGAUUUUCUGGUAAGAAAGUUUGCAGGUUCCAAGUCCCUGUUUCUAUUGUUUCUUUCUGUUGGCCAUUUGAUCUAACAAUGAAUCAAUUUGGUGACAACUGGGGAAAAACGAAGUCUAAAAAGUUGACGGCUGUUUCUUAUUUAAUUGUACCUGAUGGAGAUGUUAUAACAAGCAUCAAAGAGAUGUCGAAGAAGGUAAAUCUCAGCGUUGUGAAGAGAGAAGGAGAUGAUGGGAUUGUUUGUGCUUCAGGUUACUACAAAACAAGUAAAGGAAGAACAAUUGGAAUCCUUGCAAAGUUUUCAUUUAAUGAAAACGAAAUGACUUUGAAAUGCGAAGUUCAUACUGUUAAAAAGAAAGCAACAUCAGUAGCGAUGACGAUGAUUAAGAAAGCUUUCUCUUAUAUGUAA